AUGAUCAAGGUUAUUUUUGUCCUAUUCUGUGUUUUAAAUGCAUUCGCAUGGGCUGAAUCAGCAGAAGAUGCUAAUAUAGACCAGCUUAUGGCACGAGUAUACAGAUCGGUACUACUUAAAUCUAAGCGAAGUCCAUCAAUGGGUCUAUCACUAGCAGAAUAUAUGGCAAAUCCAGCCGGAGGAGACAAUUUUCACUUCAUACCAUCUGGCCGAAAGUAGACAAUAUUGGCCUUCUACUAAAAAAAAUAACACUCUUGACAGGCAGGAUAUAGUUUUCAUAUUCAGCUUGUCUUCUUUGCUCCUCUAACAUUACCCCAUUUAUGAGCGUUACCAUUGUUCAGUCACCAGCGCCGCGUUGCACUAUUUUCAACCAGAAAUCUCUUUGAUAGAAAUAUUGCCCAAUAAAGUGAUGAUUGGUUAUUAUGUGUUGAGAUUACAAUAAAAAAU